AAUGAUAACUGACGUGCAUUUGAUCCUGUUCUCAAAUGGUUUAGGAGUAAUUCUAUUUUUGCUGGUCGUCCUCUACCAUUACAUCUCAGCCAACUACUCAAAAUGAACACGUCUAAUAUUUGUAUUUAUGAUUUGAACUUUGUUCAUAUGGAGUUACAAUGUAACUUGUUCGUUAGUUGUAAGUGAAUGAUGUGAAAUAAAAGUUUUAUAUUGUA